CGCCCAUGCUUUGUCAAUACACUGGCUCUGUAUAUGGCUUAAUUACAUUGAUCGCUCACGCCACUAUCAUAACGCUGUCACGGUAGGCAUAGACGUAUGCUAAACUCCGGUUUCCGAGUCGCACACCUCUUGCUUGCCGCCAUGAACAUCGCUGGUCCCUCACGACCACGUCUGGUCCCUGGUCCAAGAGAAAGAAACAACUAUGAGGAGGAUCUUACCCGUAUGAUCGCUCGACUUGAGCCUUCUGACGUGGAGAGGUGGCAGGCUUUAUACGAUAACUGUGUGCAUCGAGGAGAGCGUCUCAGUGACUAUGAUGUUGCUUUCGCAUUGUUGAUGCAGGACGCUCGAGAUCUUGCGGAGUUCAACGCUGAUCGGGCACUUGCCCAGCAACUUCAAGGAGAAAGUGGAGAACCUGAUCCCGCGCCUAUGUCACCAAAUCCAGCUCAAGCGCCCACCAUUAUGACUAGGCCGGCUCCUCCUCGGGCUACCGGUCACGACUGUGUGAUCUGUCAGGAUCCUAUCUUUGGAGCAGAAGUUCGAGCAUCAUGUGGCCAUUUUUAUGAUAUCGGUUGCAUUACCGACCUAUUCCAGUCAGCAACACGCGACGAGAGCCUGUAUCCUCCUCGUUGCUGUCGCCAGAACAUCACCCUUCUACAAGUUCGGCCUCACCUGACGCAGGCAGUCCUCGCUGAGUUUGAGCUCAAAGCUCAAGAAUUUGGGACCACGAAGCGCGUUUAUUGUGUUGCACCAACGUGCAGUCGUUUCCUCGGGCCAUUACAUGAGGGGUAUGGGUAUUUCACUAAGGCAUUUACAUGCACGUCACCUACCUGCAUGACGAAGACAUGUGCAAAAUGUCGCAGCAGACACGAAGGAUUCACUCAUAUCUGCACUCCUGAUGCAGAGGAUGAGCAAGUACUCGCGCUAAGCCGCACCUCGGGGUGGGCACGCUGUCCGGGCUGUGCUCAGAUGAUAGAGCUUAGUAUGGGGUGUUUCCACAUGACCUGCCGAUGCAGGACAGAAUUCUGUUAUCUGUGCAAAGAACUCUGGAAGAACUGCAGGUGUCCGCAGUGGGACGAGGACAGACUGCUUGCUGCUGCAGAGCGUCGCGUGGAUGCUCAGCUUCCGCCCGCGCAGCCUGCUAAUCCUCUCCAACAGGCACCUGCAGUGCGCCAACCAGUGCCAGCUGUUGGUGAUGUCAGGAAUCAGCCUGUUAAUUUACCCAGACCGGCACCUGCGCCAGCGCCAGUUGCCAAUGUCCGCUUUGAAAAUCCUUUUCAAGUGGUCCCUGCGCCAGCACUCGGAGCAGCACCAGUUGCCAAUAUCCCCUUUGAAAAUCCUUUUCAACUGGUCCCUGCGCCAGCACUCGGAGCAGAACCAGUUGCCAAUAUCUGGCCAACGGCUCGCCGUGCCGAGGUAUUUGCCCCAGCACCUCUUCUUCCUGUUCCAUUGCGCCCCACGAUUCUCCGUCCCGGGGCACCAGCACCAGCACCUCUUCCAGAACCCCAUUUCCUGACGGGGACUCGCCGUGUUGAGACAUAUAAUCGCAUUUCAGGAUUUUUCACGAACUGGACCCCAGAACGGCUCACAGACGAGUCAGAGGUUCCAGAAUGGCACGUGAGAGUGGAGCCUGCAUUGGAUGGGAGCGCUGUCAGACCGUUUAUACGGGAGAUGCUAGAGGAUCUCAGAGCGGCUACACAGCGUCGUUUGAUAAGGGAGACCAUGGAGCGUCUCAGAGUGGAUCACGAUUGUGACCACACAGACUGGACGUUCCGGAGCGGGGGCGGACAUUGCGAGGCCUGCGAGAUGAUUUUUCCACUAUACCUCUUCCGGUGUAGAGGGUGUGAAAUGCUCGCUUGUAUCAGGUGUCUCCGAAACCGUCUGUGAAAAAUAACUGAAUCUUGACUCUCUCCGAUGCUUUGUUGAUAACUUGCAAGUGGCUUUCUAUGUAAAUUGGUCUUUGGUCUUGGAACAAAUUGC